UAUAAGCUUUAAUCUCUGUAAGCUAGGAAGAAAUCAAGAAAGAAAAAAAAUGAGUCAACCACAUAUAGUUGCUGUACCUUAUCCAGCACAAGGCCAUGUUCUUCCUUUAAUGGAACUCUCCUUGUGGUUAGUCAAAGAGGGUUGCAAAAUCACCUUUGUUAACUCUGAAUUCAAUCACAAAAGAGUGAUGAAGGCAUCUUCCGAAAAUGACGAUGUACGUAACAAGAUAAACUUAGUUUCAAUCCCAGAUGGAUUGGAACCUGAGGAAGAUAGAACAGACCUGAAAAAGUUGACAGAAGCAAUUGGUGAAGUGAUGCCUGGGAAACUAGAUGAAGUCAUUAAAAUGAUUAAUGAGUCUGAUGAAAAUGGAGUUUCAUGUGUUAUAGCUGAUGAAAAUGUGGGAUGGGCACUUGGAGUUGCAGAAAAGUUGAACAUUAGACGAGUUGCUUUCUGGCCAGCUGCAGCUGCUACACUAACAUCUUUUUUUAGUAUCCCAAAACUCAUUGAUGAUGGAAUCAUAGAUAGCGACGGAGCAAUCUUGAAGAAACAGGGGAUUAAGCUAUCACCAAACAUGCCCAUCAUGAACUCAUCAGACUUUUCAUGGGCUUUCUUUCCUGAUCCAGCCUUGAGGAGAGUGGUAUUCGAUCUCGUAAAUGACAACGCCGAAAGAGUUAAAUCCGCAAAUUGGAUCAUUUGUAACUCCGCAAAGGAACUGGAGCCUGAAGCAUUUGCCAUGUUCCCUCAAAUGUCACCAAUAGGACCCCUUUUGGCAACCAAUCGAUUAGGAUCUUCAACGGGCCAUUUCUGGCCCGAAGACUCGAAUUGCCUAAAUUGGCUCGAUCAGCAGCCACAUAACUCUGUCAUUUAUGUCGCGUUUGGUAGCUUUACAAUCUUGGAUUUAACUCAAUUCCAGGAGCUGGCACUUGGGCUAGAAUCGUCCAAACGACGAUUCCUCUGGGUGGUCCGAGAAAAUCUAAUUUUGAAUGGUGAUAGCGUUUACCCCAAAGGUUUUAAAGACAGAGUAGGCAAUAGAGGCCAUAUUGUGAAAUGGGCCCCUCAACAAAAGGUGCUAGCGCAUCCUUCUAUUGCUUGUUUUGUGAGCCAUUGUGGAUGGAAUUCGACGGUCGAGAGCGUAAGCAAUGGGGUGCCUUUCUUGUGCUGGCCUUAUUUUGCUGACCAGUUGUUUAAUCAGAGUUAUAUUUGUGAUAUUUGGAAAGUGGGAUUGGGAUUUAACAAAAAUGAGAAUGGAGUUAUUGGAAAAGAAGAAAUCAAGAAUAAGCUGGAUAAGCUAUUAGGAGAUACCACAUUUAAAGAAAAGGCUUUAGACCUUCAAGCAAAGGUUAACACUAGUGUCAAAGAAGGAGGGAGUUCUAAUAAGAUGUUUGGUAAAUUUGUCGACUGGAUCAAGACUCAAAGAAGUUCAAUUUAACUGGGAGAAUCAGCAUGAGAAAAGGACCAUAAUUUCCAAGAAUAAAAUAUGGACAAUUUCUGUUCUUGUUUAGCAUGGAAUUUGAUAAACCCCUGCUUUUUUUUUCCCUAUUAUAUGUAAUACAUUGUUAAGAUUUCCCCUGAAUUUCCUACCUUAUUUAGAUUCUACCAUAAUUGUAUUUUAUUUCAAAAUGAUUUUUUUGAUGGAAAAGAUUUCCUUGGUGGAAAA